ACGAAAGCCGGUGUUCCCGGUUCAUGAAUCAAAUGAGAUCCAAUAAAAACCCUCUUUCUCUCAUUCCGCCUACAAAUAUGAAAACCCAUUCCUUCCUCUGCCGCCACUCUCUCCUCUUCCCCAAUUUCUAAGCAUUCAAAAACAAUACAAUUUUCACUUUAAUACCUUUUAACAGGUGAACACAACCUGUCACCUCCCAAAAAAACCAUACACACUUUGUUUGUUCUUUUCUGGAUUUUAUUCAGGAGAAAAUUUCUUUAUGGGAGAAGCACCAAUUCUCAUUCAUCAAGACCAGCAGAAUGGAACUAGUAAUGCUUCUGAAUUAAAAGACGGAACUUUCCAAACAUCUACCACUGUCGGCAAUAAAACGUAUGUCAUUGGUGGAGCUGAUAAUGAAACUCUGUCCAUUGAUGUUCGAGUUUUCGACAAGUGUCUCGGUGAAUGGGUUAAUCCAACUGUGCUAGGCACUAAACCCUUGUCAUGCGAAGGCCACUCAGCAGUGUUAUUGAAAGACCGAAUCGUAGUUCUUAAGAAGAAUCCUAAGCCAGAUGAUCAUACUUGGUUUCUGGAGGUAGACACUCAAUAUGUGAGGCAACAGAAAAAGAAAUUGGGGACUGAGGUUGUUGCAUGGAGUAAGGGUGUGAUAGGAAAUGUUGAGAAACCUGUUGUUAUUAGUGGUCCUUCUGGAGUAGGUAAAGGAACAUUGAUAUCAAUGCUCAUGAAGGAAUUUCCAUCCAUGUUUGGUUUCUCUGUGAGCCACACAACCCGCGCCGCAAGAGGAAUGGAGAAAGAUGGAGUCCAUUAUCAUUUUACUGACAAGAGUAUUAUGGAGAAAGAGAUCGAAGACGGAAAGUUUCUCGAGUUUGCUUCUGUGCAUGGUAAUCUGUAUGGGACCAGUGUCGAGGCUGUUGAAAUGGUAUCAGAUGCAGGGAAAAGGUGUAUUCUUGACAUUGAUGUUCAAGGGGCAAGAUCUGUGAGGGCUAGUUCUCUUGAAGCCAUAUUCAUCUUUAUCUGUCCCCCGUCAAUGGAAGAGCUGGAGAAGCGUCUUCGUGAAAGAGGAACGGAGACAGAAGAACAGAUCCUAAAACGAUUACGAAAUGCUCAGGCUGAGAUUGAGCAAGGGAAGUCAUCAGGCAUAUUUGAUUUCAUCUUAUACAAUGACAAACUUGACGAGUGCUAUGAUAGUCUAAAGAAAUUAUUGGGACUUGAUGGUUAUGUCACUCCUCCACCUAAUCCAGCUGCAAGAGAGUUCAAUCUCCCAGUGGAUUAUUCAGUAACCAAACUUGAUGACAAAAUCAUCAUAUACCGCAACUCUUUAGAACUAGAGAACAUGAUAAUGUUAGACGUGUCCUCACUUAAAGGCGGUGCACCUGGUAGGACAAGAGGGCUGGAUUUCGUUCGUAUGGGACAACUUCACAUUCGAUGAGUUUUGCUGGUUUUUUCUCGUUUCAUAUAGAUGAUAAACUUCAGAAAAUGUGAUACUCGACGAGGCACUGGGUUCAUUUCUUAAUUUUUUUUCCUUCCAUACCUUGGUCUUUGAUUCUUAUGACAAUUGAUUUUGAUUCGGAGAGUUUCCUACAGAGUGAGAGAUUAUUUAUCAUUUUUGCGGCGAUAGUUUAUUCCAUCAACAAUGAAAGCAAAACAUUGAUGAAACUUAUAUAAAUUCGUUGAAA